AUGGGGUACUCGAACGACAAUGCUUCAUAUCCCGCCAUUCCCAUUAAAUCCACUAUUACGGACGUCGCCGUAUACCUUCCCCCUGUCAUUCUUCUCUCGCUGGUCUCACGCCUCAUCCUCCUCCUUGAACCAGCUCUUGUCUGGCCAUGUGGUCUUGUCAUGAACACCUCUGGUGUACUGUCCUUCGGCGGAGGCAUCUUCCUCCUUGAUCUUAGUCAUUGCAUCCUCUUCGAUGUCGCUGUUGAUAUUGACGGGUUCUCCGAUGACGAUCAGAUCAUUGGCAUCACUCUCCGCAACACCGUCAUCGUCGAUCAAGAUUUGAGUCAGAGCCCCGUCGCCAGCUUGAGUAGCUCUGGUAUUCUUCGUAGCAGUGGUCUUCGAGUUGGGCUUUGCCUUGGUGAUCUUAGAAGGGCGAAUACGGAGGCCAUCCGGCGAUGGAUUCAUGGCAACGUUGGAGUCGCCAUUGGCUUCUUCAGCAACGAGCUUCAAGGACAACUUGCGCAGCGGACGCAUCUUGUACUCGAUGCUGUUUUUGAGUUGAUGAAUGUCGACGUUGGAAUGAAGAUGGAAUGA